GCGGCGGCGGCGGAGGCGGCGGCAGCCGUGGCAGCCGUACGGGCAGCAUGACGUCGCUCCGGGCCUUCACCUGCGACGACCUCUUCCGCUUCAAUAACAUCAACCUGGACCCGCUCACGGAGACCUACGGGAUCCCCUUUUACCUGCAGUACUUGGCCCACUGGCCCGAGUAUUUCAUUGUCGCGGAAGCCCCCGGUGGAGAGCUGAUGGGUUACAUAAUGGGUAAAGCAGAAGGUUCUGUGGCCAGAGAGGAGUGGCAUGGACAUGUUACUGCCCUCUCUGUUGCACCUGAAUUUCGCCGUCUGGGUCUGGCUGCUAAAUUGAUGGAACUACUGGAAGAAAUUUCAGAAAAAAAGGGUGGAUUUUUUGUGGAUCUCUUUGUGAGAGUAUCAAAUCAAGUUGCAGUAAAUAUGUAUAAGCAACUAGGCUACAGUGUGUACCGGACAGUACUAGAGUACUACUCUGCUAGCAACGGAGAGCCAGAUGAAGAUGCUUAUGAUAUGAGAAAAGCUCUUUCCAGAGAUUCAGAGAAGAAAUCAAUUAUACCUCUACCUCAUCCUGUGAGACCAGAAGAUAUCGAAUAGCUGUAAGCUGUGAUUCUCAGGCAACAUACUAAGAGUAUCCUGUUUUUUUUCCCCCUCUCCUUUGAGCUUAAAUGGAUGAGAAAUCUAAGGCUCAAUGCUGCCCCCUUCCAUGGAACUCCAAAAGUUAUACUGAGUUUACUUAUGCUGCUUUCCAAUUUUAUGUCCAGUAGCUUUUUAAAUACUUACUGUAAACUAUGGUGGUAUAACAUUUAAAUAAAAACACAGACAGGAAGCAAUUUUUAUUACUGAGCCUGAGAGUCACAGAUAUGCAAUUCUUAUUCAUCCUUCCUGUAUGAAGUGUUUAAGCUUAAAACCUUUUUUUGGAAAAAUAUAGCUUGUGCAAUACAAACUUUGUGAAACUAAUUUCCAUACAUUUGUUUUUCAGGGGUUAGUUUCAGUAUAUUUAGCUUCUACUGUUGUCCUUCCUAAACAGUUUCUGGGAUAAAAGCGUACUUCAGUAGGAAGUCGAACAGGUUGCAGUUGUCACUAGUACUUACUGUUUUCAACUGUCCUUGUGAUCGAUACAUCUUUUACAGAUCACUGGAAAAUAUAUCAGGAAUCUUUGAAGGCAUCUUUCUCAUUACAGAAAGUAGAUCUGGCCACAUUAAUAUCCUUAAAUCAAGCAAUCUGUGACAGUUUCCAGGAGCCUUAGAAGAGUUAGUCUUGUGUUUGAAAACAAAGCUGCAAUCCACUGCUGCUUACAGUUCUCAGAACACUGGUAAUAGCGGCAGACUUCUGCAUUUGCCUUGUGACCUUUCCUUUCAGUUGCUGGAAACUGAGACUGUUAAAUGGAAUCACUUCAGAAUAACAUUUUUUAUUUGGGGGGGAAAAAAGGUUGUAAAUCAGUAAUAGUAAAACUCUUCAAAUACAUUUAUUCAUCACCAAUGAAAAUACUGUACAAUACCUCCAAAAAGGAGGGGAAGAAGGCAGUGCUUUAAGAUGACUGGCUUUCAUCAAUGUCUUUGUCAGGAUCCAUCUCUGCAGCUUCACUCUCCUGUUGCUGUUUCUUCCACAGUUUAGCCAUAGCAAGUAGUUUGAGAUUGGGCUGAUUGGCAGUAUCUUCAGGGAAAAUAUAAUCAUAGUAUUCCUCCCAGCCAGCAUCAGACUAGGAAAAGAAACACACCAAAGAAAGUUUAAGCUAACAUUAAAACAUGCAACUACUAGAAUUUGCUUCUAAUGAGCAUAACAGUAAGAUGAAAUUAAAAAUCGCUGUUUGUUAAACUACCCACCACAGCUAAAUCCAAUGAGCUAGAGAAGGGGGUGAGACAGUACUACUACUUUGGAUGAUGAGCAAAGGCAGUAGAUCUGGUGAAUUACAGUUUUCCAAGUAAAGCUGAGAAACAGAUACUAUCCAUAUAGUACUACUUCAGGCUAUUUUGAUUAAAGUCAAAAUACUCACAUCAAAUGCUCAGGCUAGUUUUCCUUUAACUGCUAUGGUAGACUUAUCAAUCUGCCACCUAGACAUGCUGAAGAGCAAGCAAUUCAGCAGCACCUGUUUCAGGGCAAUGCUUUGCCUCAGCUACCACAAUAAAAUUUCUACAGUCACAGCACCCAUUCCAGCUGAAUGGUUUGUGUCUGUAAUAACAGCAUAGUUAGUUACUUGCAUAACUUUUAUUCUUACCCCAUCUUCAGCCUGAAGUUUUCUUCUCUUCUUUAUUUUUUCAGGCAUAAGUUUAUCUAUCCUCUCUUUAGUGGUAUCAGUUCCAAACUCCUGUUCAAAGUUUCUCCAGGAUUCCAGAAGCAUGACUCUCUCCUCUUUCUCCUCACAGUUGCGCAUUGCCUUAUUUGCCUCUUCAUAAACUUGCCGGCAUCGUGGCAAACUCUCCUCCUUCCCUGCAGAAAGCUCAAACUGUGCAAAACUGAUCCAUACCUGUAGUGAAAGCAAAUAAAACCCAAGUUUGGGGGUUUUGUUCAUUUUUAACAAAUAGAUAACCCUAACCUUCAUGUAAGCCACUUGGACAAAUUUAUUGGAGCUGUUUUCGGUCAUGAUAAAUCUGCUUGACUAAAUUCAAACUAGAGCAUUAAACUAGUUUGCAAGGAAAAAUACUUCUGUUCCUCCCCCCCCCACCAGUGUUUUUGUAACUAAAAUUCCAAAGCUGCUCAGUAGGAAGCUGUCCUUCCUAACAGGAAGGAUAGCUGCUGUUAAACAUCACUGUUUUUUUUUUUUUUUUUUUUAAUGGCACAGGCUGUGGCAUAGCACUGCAAAUUUAGGUUCACAACUGAUCUGAAAAAGCCACAAAAUGAAAGCAUUCAAGGCUCUCCCCCCAGCAUGGGCUGUAAUCAAGACCAAAUCUGUGUUCUGCAUUCGUGUAUGUACUUUAACAUGCUGUGUCCGCUGAAGUAAUCUGCGGUAAAGGCUUCUUGUUUUCUCAUACUCUUCUUGCUCAAUUUCAAAGUCAAUAUAGGAUUUCCAAAGAACCUGUAAAAGAAGUCACUGUUUAUGUUCAUAGUAUCUUCAAACAACCCUGUAUCUAAUACUGAGAUUAAAACUUUUUUUUUUUAAUUAAGGAGAAGCAUGGGUAAACAUUAACUUUUUAUAAAUACAUUUCAGAGCUCUGUAUUAAUUGACUGUGCUACCUAGGAUUAACGCCAAGUAGUAUCAAAACCUGUGCACAUAAUCCAGUCAGAAAUUAGCCAUUUAGAGAUAGAAAAGUAUUACUGUAAGCAUGUUUUUCUCUCCAUGUUUUAUCAUGGGUUUUAUAGCCCUGAGUAACCUGUCAAGAAACAUGCUAAAUUAGAUGAGAAACAGACUAAGCCACUAUGAUAAGCCUUUCUGUUCAAAUGGAUGGAUUAUUUGUGUUUUCAUCAGCCACAGUGGGUAAUAAACACCUUGAAAUUCA